AUGGGUCAGUGUAUAAGGCACCCCAUGAGCUGGGAGGAAUUGGAGGAAUAUCAGGCGCUGACCUUUCUGACCAGGAAUGAGAUCUUAUGCAUUCAUAACACCUUCUGCAAGCUGUGUCCCAGGGGCAAGUACUACAAAGAGGCCACCCUGACCAUGGAUCAAAUCAGUUCCUUGCCAGCCUUGCGGGUCAAUCCCUUCAGAGACAGAAUCUGCAGAGUGUUCUCCCAUGAUGAUGUCUUCUCAUUUGAAGAUGUUUUGGGAAUGGCUUCUGUAUUUAGUGCCCAGGCCUGCCCCAGCUUGAAGAUUGAGUAUGCCUUCCGCAUCUAUGAUAUUAAUGAGAAUGGCUUCAUUGAUGAGGAUGACCUCAAAUGCAUCAUCCAGCGGUUGCUAAACACUACCAAUGUGGGUGACGAGUUGCUAAAUAAUCUGACUAAACAUAUAUUGGGAGAAUCAGACAUGGACAAUGACCGCAUGCUGUCUUUCUCAGAGUUUGAACAUGCCAUGUCCAAGUCCCCAGAUUUCAUGAAUUCCUUUCGGAUUAAUUCCUGGGACCUCUGACAGUGAAGCUGCCUGGCUAAGAACAACUUAACCAAAUGGUCUUCUGGCUGCCACAGGGGAGACCUCUAGAAUCCUGUUCAUUUCCCUCUAAUCUCUGGAUG